UGUGUCAAGUAUUUACGUAAACGAAUGUUCAAUAUUCAAUAUCGAUAGUAAUCAAUUUAUAUUUUGCGAUAAAAACUUUUAUUAAAGAUUUACUCAGUGUUAUUACAAUAUAUUUCAUAAUUUAUUCAAAAGAUUUAAGGUAUUAAAUAUUUUUGAAUUCACAUAAAAUUAUAUUAUUUAGUGGUGCACAAUAUUAAAAAUCUUGUCAAAAUGAUGGAAGAUAUGCAAGAAGAGACCCAAUUUGUGGUCGAUGAUGUAAGCAAAAUUAUUAAAGAAGCAAUUGAAGUAUCUAUUGGAGGAAAUGCUUAUCAACAUAGUAAAGUAAAUCAAUGGACAUCGAAUGUUGUUGAAGCAUGUUUGGGAAAUCUUACAAAACUUCAGAAACCAUAUAAAUACAUAGUGACUUGUACUAUAAUGCAAAAAAAUGGAGCAGGAUUGCAUACUGCGAGCUCAUGCUAUUGGGAUAAUGCUACUGAUGGUAGUUGUACAGUACGUUGGGAAAACAAAACAAUGUAUUGUAUUGUUUCCGUAUUUGGCCUAGCAAUUUAAUUGAUUUUAGUAAUUCAUACACAAACAAAAGCUUCUGAUAAAUAUAUUAAAAAAUAAUAAAAAGUAAUAAAAUUUCAUCUAAUAAGUUAAAAAAUUAUAGUAAUUAUGGUGCAGGAAAUAUAAAAUCUAUUUUACAUAAUAGCCUUUUUUUUUAGUAAUAUGAUGUAUUUUUUAUAUUGCAAAUACAUUGCAUUUAAGACAUUAA